GGAUCACGUGGCGGCGGGCGCGGGACUGCGGGUCCGGACUCCGGUGUCGCAGGCCGCAGCGAGGGGCGCACUUAACCGCGGCUCCGAGAAGUGGAGUCAGGUGAGUGCGCAGCGCCUUGCUGGUGCCUGGGGCGACUCUGAACCAGCGUGAUGGCUACCCCCGCCAACGGAGUCCCCGUGGAUGCCAACUUGUGGUCCUCGCAUGAGAAGAUGCUGGCGCAGCCCCUGAAAGAGAGUGACGUGGAGGUUUACAACAUCAUCAAGAAGGAGAGCAAUCGGCAGAGGGUCGGACUGGAGCUGAUCGCCUCAGAGAACUUUGCCAGCCGGGCUGUUCUGGAGGCCCUGGGCUCUUGCUUAAACAACAAAUACUCCGAGGGGUACCCGGGCCAAAGGUACUACGGCGGGACGGAAUUCAUCGAUGAGCUGGAGGUCCUCUGUCAGAAGCGAGCGCUGCAGGUCUAUGGCCUGGACCCCCAGGGCUGGGGAGUCAAUGUCCAGCCCUACUCAGGCUCCCCCGCAAACUUCGCGGUGUACACAGCCCUGGUGGAGCCCCACGGCCGCAUCAUGGGCCUGGACCUGCCCGACGGGGGCCACCUGACCCAUGGGUUCAUGACCAACAAGAAGAAGAUCUCCGCUACGUCCAUCUUUUUCGAAUCUAUGCCCUACAAGGUGAACCCCGACACCGGCUACAUCAACUACGACCAGCUGGAGGAGAACGCCCGCCUCUUCCACCCGAAGCUCAUCAUCGCAGGGACCAGCUGCUACUCCCGGAACCUGGACUACGCCCGGCUGCGCGAGAUCGCUGACGACAACGGGGCGUACCUCAUGGCCGACAUGGCGCACAUCAGCGGGCUGGUGGCGGCCGGCGUGGUGCCCUCCCCCUUCGAGCACUGCCACGUGGUGUCCACCACCACCCACAAGACCCUGCGGGGCUGCCGCGCCGGCAUGAUCUUCUACAGGAAGGGAGUGCGCGGCGUGGACCCGAAGACGGGCAGAGAGACUCGCUACAACCUGGAGUCGCUCAUCAACUCUGCCGUGUUCCCAGGCCUGCAGGGGGGGCCCCACAACCAUGCCAUCGCUGGGGUGGCGGUGGCUCUGAAGCAGGCCAUGACUCCGGAGUUCAGAGUCUACCAGCGCCAGGUGCUGGCCAACUGCAGGGCUCUGGCCGAGGCCUUGAUGGGGCUGGGCUACAAAGUGGUCACAGGGGGUUCUGACAACCACUUGAUCCUCGUGGACCUCCGCUCCAAAGGCACGGACGGCGGCCGGGCUGAGAAGGUGCUGGAAGCCUGUUCCAUCGCCUGCAACAAGAACACCUGCCCAGGUGACAAAAGCGCCCUGCGGCCCAGCGGACUGCGCCUGGGGACCCCGGCGCUGACAUCCCGAGGACUCUUGGAAGAAGAUUUCCAAAAAGUCGCCCAUUUUAUUCACAGAGGGAUAGAGCUGACCCUGCAGAUCCAGGACACCGUGGGGCUGAAGGCCACCCUGCAGGAGUUCACGGAGAGGCUGGCGGGGGCCGAGGCUCACCGGCGGGCUGUGGCGGCGCUCCGGGCGGAGGUGGAGAGCUUCGCCGCCCUCUUCCCUCUGCCCGGCCUGCCCGACGUCUAGAGGAGGGCCCGCCCGCCCAGGGGCCCAGCGCCCUGGAGGCCCCGCACGGGCCCCUUUCCGGACUUGGCUUUUUUUACCUUGUUCACAAACCAACAUUUGUUUAAGGCUCAGUGUUAGUCAUUCUGGGACAAGUUAUUAAGGAGUUUAAAUCUGAACCUCACUUUCUCACAGCUACGUGUAGUUAUUCUGAAAAAAUGAAAUACAAUUUAGCCAUU